GGCUGGCUUGACUAGGUCGAGCAUGGUCGGACUGAGUCCUGGUGAAAUCAAAGCGUGCGGUGCCCUUUACCCUGGCAGAAAGGUGUUGUCAGACCCAGAGCAUCGGGGGAGCUGAGCGGACUGAGCUCCCACCUCACACUGCGACCCGAAGGGAGGAGCGCAGCCUUGUCCCCGACUGAUCCCGGGCGUGCGGAGCCGCUUUCUCCUUGGAUGACCUACAGCCAGGCCACCUUGUGCAGGAGCAGCGGCCGUCGCUUUAUUAAAACACAACACCUGCUUACCAGGAGCGAAGGCAGGGCGCCUCUUCAUCCCAGCGGGCACCGUGUCAACAGAGCCAGCCGCUCGCAGGCUUCGGGCCGACCCCGACACACCGGCUCACCGGGGAAAAACACACGCUGCAAUAUUCCUGUCCACCGUGGCUGCGUCAGGGGGAGCUGGCAGAAGACGGGACGUCGCAACUGUGUGAAAUAAAGUGUUUCCAGUCAUUUGCACCCGAUAAGUGACAGGACAGCAGACGCCACACUGAAGUUGGGAUUACGGGCGUUCACAUGAUGUACACAAUUACCAGAGGUCCCAGUAAACUUGUUACACAACGGAGGACAGGUCCCACGCAACAAAUUGAGAGUAAACUCAAUGAUUUGAAGCUUAAACCGACAUCUUGGCUCACGUCAAACUCUCCGCCCCCUAAGAUAGUGUUCAAUCGGCUCAACGGGAAGCGCUACCACGCGGCGGCCGCGCAGAAAGCGGACAGCCCUGCAGAAGGUUUCACCCCUGCACACGAAGAGAACGUCAGAUUUGUCUAUGAAGCCUGGCAGGAGGUGGAGCAGAAGCUGGGCGACAGUGAUGGUGGGAAGCCGGCUGGUGGCCAGGGGCCCGUGCAGUACACCGAAAAGACCCCCAGUCCUGUGAUGAAGAACUUUGUGCCCAUAGACCUGGAGGAGUGGUGGGCCCAGCGUUUCCUUGCCAACAUUGCCAACCUGUCAUGACUGGGUUAGGCUUUGAGCUGGGGGAGGAAGAGCUGGGAGGAUGAAGAGCCUCAGCGGCCUCGUAGGUCCAGCAGUGAAGGCAUCGUGAGGAUGCAGAGAGCCGAGUCCGUCACUGGGGGCUGCGUUGCCGUGGGUUGUACGAACCUUGGAAUCUGUGAUUUGACAUCGUUGCGCUUCAUGCUCAUGUAGAGAACCCUGGCUGUGCAACAUACAAAAUCACCCCCCUUUGCAACAAACAGCCUGACUAUAAACUCUGACCAUGUGGACCUGAUGUUGCGCUGACAAGAGGGGGUCCUCUCUCUACUUGAAUGUCCUGUCAGAUAGAAGAGUUGAGAUUUUUCUUCCAAAUGUUUUAAGAACCUGCCUCCUUCCUCAAGUGUGCUCAGCUCAGCUGUAUGCGUUUCUUGGCUGAUCUUUGGAUAUAAAACUACUGAAGAGCAAAAGAAAAAAAAAAGUAAAAUGUUUUCCAAAA